GGCGCAGGGCGGGGGCGCCGGAGUGAUCGCGCGGGCGCCGGUGACGCCCGUCGGGAUCGGCUCUAGCGAGCCCCCUCGGUCUCGGCCAGGACGCGGGCGAGCCCGGCGCGCCGCGGGGGCGCGAGGUGGAACCGGCAGGGCGGCCAAUGCGAAACUGGCUGGUCCUGCUGUGCCCGUGUGUGCUUGGGGCCGCGCUGCACCUCUGGCUGCGGCUGCGCUCCCCGCCGCCCGCCCGCUCCUCUGGGGCCGGCCCGGCAGAUCAAUCUACCUUACUUCCUCAGUGGAAAUCUCACCACUAUGAUGUGGUGGUUGGUGUGUUGUCAGCUCGAAAUAAUCAUAAACUUCGAAAUGUGAUAAGAAACACCUGGCUGAAGCAUUUGACAGAACAUCCAGCAUUAAGUCAUCGUGUGCUUGUGAAGUUCAUAAUAGGUGCUCAUGGCUGUGAAGUGCCCGUGGAAGACAGGGAGGACCCUUACUCCUGCAGGCUGCUCAACAUCACGAGUCCAGUUUUGAAUCAGGAAAUUGAGGCAUUCAGUCUUUCUGAAGAUGCUACAUCAGAGCUGUCUGAGGACCGAGUUGUUAGUGUGAGCUUCCAAGUUCUCUAUCCAAUUGUUAUUACCAGUCUCGGGGUAUUCUACGACACCAGUGACGUGGGUUUCCAGAGAAACAUCACAGUGAAGCUUUAUCAGGCAGAACAGGAGGAGCCCCUCUUCAUUGCUCGCUUUAGUCCUCCAAGCUGUGGCGUUCAGGUGAACAAGCUGUGGUACAAGCCUGUGGAACAAUUCAUCUUACCAGAGAGCUUUGAAGGUACAAUAGUGUGGGAGAGCCAAGACCUACAUGGUCUCGUGUCAAGAAAUCUUCACAAAGUAACGGUCAAUGAUGGAGGGGGAGUUCUCAGAGUCAUCACGGCUGGGGAGAGUGCACUGCCUCAUGAAUUUGUGGAAGGUGUGGAGGGAGUUGCAGGUGGUUUUAUUUACACUAUUCAGGAAGGCGAUGCUCUCUUACAUAACCUUCACUCUCGGCCUCAGCGACUUGUUGAUCAUAUGAGGAAUCUCCAUGAGGAAGAUGUCUUAUUGAAGGAGGAAAGCAGGGUCUACGGUGACAUUGUCUUUGUGGAUGUUGUCGAUACUUACCGAAAUGUUCCUGCGAAAUUAUUGAACUUCUAUAGAUGGACUGUGGAAACAACCAGCUUCAGUUUGUUGCUAAAGACAGAUGAUGACUGUUACAUAGACUUAGAAGCUAUAUUUAAUAGAAUUGUUCAGAAGAAUCUGGAUGGGUCUAACUUUUGGUGGGGAAAUUUCAGACUGAAUUGGGCGGUGGACCGAACUGGCAAGUGGCAAGAGUUAGAGUACCCCAGCCCAGCCUACCCUGCCUUUGCAUGCGGCUCAGGCUAUGUGAUUUCCAGGGACAUCGUCAGCUGGCUGGCAAGCAACUCUGGGAGAUUAAAGACCUAUCAGGGUGAAGAUGUAAGCAUGGGCAUUUGGAUGGCAGCCAUAGGACCCAAGAGACACCAGGACAGCCUGUGGCUGUGUGAGAAGACCUGCGAGACAGGAAUGCUGUCCUCCCCACAAUAUUCACCACAGGAGCUGGCAGAUCUGUGGGAGCUGAAAGAGCUGUGCGGUGACCCCUGUCAGUGUGAAGCAAGAUCAUGAUCACUCAGACCAAGUGUGUACAGACGGGUGGGCGGAUGAUAACUCCGUGUAAGUCUGAGGAAAGCCCACAGGUUGGCAGUAGAAUACAUCGUCUUUUGGGACAGUUCUCAUCUGGCACUUUCUCCUUUGGCCAGCGUGGAUUUCUUAAUGUUUGCACAGAUUUUCUCCUUAAAAAUCAACUGACACUGUAGCAUAAGUUUUUAUUUAUAUAAUGGAAGAUGAUUUUUUUAAAUACCAAAUUGUUUUAUAAAAGGAGAAAUAUUUCUAAAUCCUGGUCCAUUUUUGCUAAUUCAUCAUAAUCAUUUUUGGUUUUUUUUGUACCGGGGAUCAAACUCGGGUCCUUGCGCUUGCGCAGCAGGCAGCGAAACCACUGCGCUAAAUCCCCGGCCCCGUCAUAAUCAUUUUUUGGUUAAAAUGGACUGGUUAAGAAAUUUUUAGUAGUAGCUGGCUCAAAGCUCAAGUUUGAAUCUGCAUUACAAAGUAGCUCUGCAUAGCUUAAUUAGCACAUCUACAGGCCAAAAAGAACUCAGAAAAACACUGUGUGACCACUUGUAUGAGCAGUGGUCACUUAUACCAAAGUUUGGGGUUCUUGGAAAUAACAUUAGGUUUUGUGGGUCUCUGAAUGAAGUGGGAAACUUGACCUUGAAAAGGACACAAUAUAAUCCAGUUCUGGACUUUGGUUUUAAAGAUACUCAUUUAUAUAUUAGGCUAAUAUCCAAGUUUUCUUAUGCCAUUUAACAUAAAACCUGAAGGUCACAGUUAAAACACUGAAUCUUUGUGGAUGUGAAUAAAAGUACUUCUCAGGGUUUUAGUGCCAGAGGGAAGGAUAUUUCUAAGUCAUUGACACUUUGAAAGGAUUAACUUUGCUUCCUUUCUAUCACUGCCUAAUGUUUACCUAAUAUAAGUAAAUAUGAAUCAGAGCUGAUCAUCUUUUAUGAAAGAUGUGCUCAGUUUAGGUAUAAUUGUAGGGAAAAGCAUGUAAUUAAUUCUUUAAGUACUCUU